AUGGGGAAACGCAAGCAGCAUCAACAGUUACCGAAAAUAGCAGAUCACGUAUCUGAAUCGGAGGAUGAGGAAAUCGAGGAGGACGAAGCGUUCAAUUCAGAAGAUGAACGCAAAUACGGCGGAUUCUUCGAACGAGGUUUAGCACCAGAAUCUUCCAAGACAGCAACAGUCGAUAGUGACGCCGAAUCGGAAGAAGAUGAGGAUAGCGACAAUAUAGCAGAUAGAAACGGGUCGGAGGAAGGCGAUGGAGGUCAAUAUAUGCUUGAUAUGCUCGAUAUACUUGGUGAAGACAGCUCCAAAAAGAACUCGAGAGAAAUCAAAACACCUCAAAUGGCAAUCAGUGUCAAAGAAUCCGAGUUUUCUGCAUCGGUCUUGCCAUCGGCAAACCUUACGCUAGACUCACUGAUGAAGGGAUUGGAGGACACCAAAGGAUUCGGAGUGGUUCAAAAAACCAUGAAGAAAAUUGCGCAGGGCCAUGCCACGGCGGCACCGGUUGCCCGUGUUGUUUCCGAGCGUGCGCAACGCAAGGUUCACUAUGAGCAGCAAACGAAAGAAGUUGAUAAAUGGAUUGACGCGGUGCAGGAAAAUCGACAGGCAGAGACUCUAGAUUUUCGCCCGAAAGAACGAUUAGAGAUUUCCCGUGACGUCUUGGUGGACAAGUUUGUGCCGACGACCGAUUUCGAAAAGCAACUUCACGAAGCGUUACAAGAAGCCGGGCAACUAGACGAAGAAGAUAUGCUCAGGGCGGAAGAACGGGCUCUACAGGAUGACCUUGGUGCGAAUGAGAUUACCAUGGAAGAAUACAAGCAGAGAAGAGGGCAACUCGCCAAGAUGCGUGCUCUCAUGUUCUAUCACGAACAAAAGCGCCACCAUAUGAACAAGAUAAAAUCGAAGAAAUAUCGUCGAAUUCGGAAAAAGCAACGCCUUCGCGGGAAAGAAGGCGAACUAGAAGCCGAAAUGGAGGAGAACCCUGAUCUUGUCCGAGAGCUUCAGGAGAAAGAAGAAGUUGACCGAAUGAAGGAACGAAUGACGCUCGCUCACAAAAAUACAAGCAAAUGGGCGAGGCGGAUCUUGAAGCGAGGCAAAAACGUUGAUGUUGAUACUAGACGAGCCUUGUCCGCACAGAAUAAACGCGGAGACGAACUUUUAAAGAAAAUGUAUUCAGGAUCAGGCGAGGAAGACGGAGAUGACUCAGACAGCGAAGAUCUCAUCGAAGCGGCUAGGAAAGUUCUGCAAGAUACAGAAGAAGAAGAAGUUGCAGGGUCUUCUAAAGGCAAAGGGCUCCUGAACUUAUCCUUUAUGCAACGGGGAAUUGAAAAGCAGCGGGAAAAAGCCAAAGAAGAGGCUCGUCAGCUUUUGCUCGAAUUGGAGGCAAACGAGCGUAUCGAAACAAGCGACAAUGAUGGUGACACUAAUAUGAACUCAAAAAAGAAGAAGAGAGUCGCCGGCGCUGCUGAGAUGAAGGCUGUACUCAAGGAGGGAGCGCUUGUUGUUUCUUCCCUUCAAACUGGCGGUUCAGCUAGUGUAGCCAUGAGUGGUGGCAUAGACAUCAAUUCUGACUUCGCAGAUCAGAAUGAAGCAAAGAUGUCAAGCUACGCCAGUGAACAUACUGCGGCCCUCUCAUUGGGAAAUUCGCCUAAAUACAUUCAGCCAAGGCAACUUGUGAAGCCGAUGGAGAAAAAGGGCUCAAACACACAGGAUCUCUGCCCACAACCCGAUAACGAAGUAAAUCCCUGGCUACUUUUGAAAUCACAGGGAAACGAAGUCUCAGAUACUGCUAGCAUGACAUCCAGACCGGGAAUAGGUGCCAAACUAUCGUUAUCAAAUCAAGCGUUGGUGAUUGACCCUGAGAAAGCGGUUUAUAUGAUGGAACAGAAAGGAGACACGGAGCUUUCUGUAAAUAAGAUAUUCACGAACGAUGUUGUGACCUCGACGGAGAAGAAAAUAACUAUGCUCACACAAGAAGAAUUGGUGAGAAAGGCGUUUGCGGCUCCGUCGGACAAGGAAAUUGAAGAAGAAUUUGCAAACGAAAAAGAUGCCAUUCAGGACUCUGAAGACCCUACUCGCACAAGAAAGAAAGAUAAGCUUUCGAAUACAGUGUCGGGAUGGGGUUCUUGGACUGGGAAGGGAGCCCCUCCACCUAAGCCUCCGAAAAAGAUUCCAAGGCACUUGUUGCCUCCUGAACAGAAGCUUUCGAAAAGAAAACGUGAAGAUGCUACGAAGCCAAAUGUGAUCAUCAGCGAAAAGCGGAUAAGGAGAACCGCCGACAAGUUUAUGAUAUCACAGAUUCCGUAUCCGUACACUUCGCGUGAGGAGUACGAACGAGCCAUGGUUGGGGGGUUAGGAAGGGAGUGGAAUGUUACAAGCAGCAUGAAAGACAUGACACGUCCAGAAAUCAUGACUCGAUCGGGCAAAGUGAUUCAGCCAAUUUCGAAGAAAGUGAAGCAAAAACGCCCAGCUGCAAGAUUUUAG